UGCAGCCUCUAAAACACUGCACCUCUGUGGUUUCUGUUGGGUCAGCCAAAGAAGAUUGCGGCUUCUCAGUUUGUGUUGGAUCAGAACUCUGGCUGGAGACAUGGGACGUUCUCUACGGUAACUUUGAACUCUUCUUUUAGUGUUUAAGAUGUUUAAAAUCACUGCUGAGCCAUGCUUGUUGUUGUGUUUUCAGAGUGGUGUUGAUCUGGCUGAUGCUUGUUGGAGAGCUUUACGCACUCAAAUGUGAGUACGAAAUGUUAAACCUGCACAUUUAUGUAGUAGUACAGAAAUAUUGACCAUGUACCAUGGAUUUUUGAGGGUUCAAACUAAAAUCUCUAGAUGGUUCUUCCUCCUUAGCUGUAUCUAAAGCCAAGGCUCCCAGCGUCGCACCAAAGACUCCGCCUAAGGCCCACAUGGUUGCCUUCCUGCCCAGGCCUGUGUUCCGCCAGUAUGUGACUCAGUACGAGCCCGCACCUCAGCCCCAGGUCCAGGUAUUUCAGUACGUGACUCGGCCUCAGGCCCAGGUGGUCCAAUCCCAGCCUCUACUUCAGCGCCAGGAGCCCUACUACCAUCCUGUACCCUUGGUUCAGCGCCAGCCCCAGCCUGUGGUCAAGCACCAGGUGAUCCUUGUUCAGCCCCAGCCUGUGGUUCAGAGCAAACCCCAGCCUCUGUUUCAGCGCCAGGAGCCUUACUACCACCCUCAGCCUGUGCUCCUGCGCCAGCCCAGGCCUGUGGUUCAGCGUCAGGUGAUCGUCCUUCCCCAGCCCAUGGUUGAGAGCCAGAGCCAGCCCCAGAGUGUGCUGAAAAGUGUUGUACCCCACAGCCUUCCUCUGGUUCAAACCCACCAUCUGGUGCCCCGCUACUCCAAGCCUCUGCCACAGGUGUCUAUCAGCCAGCCCAAGGUUCUGGUCCAGCCUCAGGCCCCCAGCUACCAGCCCCAGAUGCCUCAGGCCCAGCCUCAGGCCCCCAGCUACCAGCCCAAGCUGCAGCCCCAGAUGCCUCAGGUGCAGGCCCAAGCUCCUCAGUUCCAGGCUCAGGCCCCCCACUAGAUCACAUGGUGCAGCUUGAAGGGUAAGGAAUUAAAGCUCAAAUGAUAGCAUGAAUAACUUCACUUUGUAACUGAGACUUCUCAUUACAGGUUUCUUCAGCUGUGACAUGAUCUUCACUGGAACUUGCAAAGUCUUGAAAAUAAAUGUGUCAUGUGACAAUUUUCUCAAAUCUGUGCACUGUUUUAUGGUAAAGUCUCGUACAUUAGUUAAGAAAUGGAAAUGCAAAAAAACUUAAAGGCUUGAUGUGUUAACGUCAACCCCCCCCCAGGGGUGGACUAGCCGUCUUGUAUUGUGCUUCGUCACAUUAUUUUAUGGAAUGCUACAAUGUUGGUAAAUGCAACUGUUCUUAUAAUGCUAUCAUAGCUUGUCAGGAAUAGAUCCUGCAGAAAUCACUUGCCAAUAUUUAAAGCAAAGUUUGGUAGAUAACCAAACAUGCUUCAAAUCCUUGAAUCAUCAGCACCACAGAAAACUUACUGCUCUGCUCACCUUUAAUUCACUUUGGAAAAAUAAGUAAAUUAAAAAGGAUCACUACCUGUCUUAACUCAUUAAGCAAGUAAGGUCACUCUGAAUGCUCUGCAGCUAGUGAUGCAUGAACAUCCAUAUACCCCCCCCCCCAAAAAAAAAUGGGGAUCACUGUGAC